GGCGGCCUCACCUGUCCCCAUUUACCGGCGGCGACCCGCGGCGGUGGGCAGCGCGUCAGGCGGACAGAGCCGCCACCAGGUGUGCAACAGAGGAACAUGGCUCAAGAAACUAAUCACAGCCAAGUGCCUAUGCUUUGUUCCACUGGCUGCGGAUUUUAUGGAAACCCUCGUACAAAUGGCAUGUGUUCAGUAUGCUAUAAAGAACAUCUUCAAAGACAGAACAGUAGUAAUGGUAGAAUAAGCCCACCUGCAACUUCUGUCAGUAGUCUGUCUGAAUCUUUACCAGUUCAGUGCACAGAGGGCAAUGUCCCUGAAGCUCAGUCGACGCUAGACUCUACAUCUUCAUGUAUGCAGCCAAGCCCUGUAUCAAAUCUGUCACUUUUAUCAGAAUCUGUAACAUCUUCCCAAGUGGACAGUACCUCUGUGGAUAAAGCAGUACCCGAAACAGAAGAUCUGCAAGCUUCAGUAUCAGAUACGGCACAGCAGCCAUCUGAAGAGCAAAGCAAGUCUCUUGAAAAACCAAAACAAAAAAAGAAUCGCUGUUUCAUGUGCAGGAAGAAAGUGGGACUUACUGGGUUUGAAUGCCGAUGUGGAAAUGUUUACUGUGGUGUACACCGAUACUCAGACGUACACAAUUGCUCUUACAAUUACAAAGCUGAUGCUGCUGAGAAAAUCAGAAAAGAAAAUCCAGUAGUUGUUGGUGAAAAGAUCAAGAAGAUUUGAACUCCUGCUGGAAUACAAAAUCCUUUGACCAUCUGCAAACUAAAAAUUGACUUGACUUUUUUUUCCUAGUCGUUGGGAAUGUAGAGCAAUGUAUCUUGCAUAGACCUUUUAAUCAUGCAUGUCAUCAGAAGAAUAGAUUUUUGUUUUUGUUUUGAAAAUGACUCUGAACAUUUAUUUCCAUUGCAGUUUCUGUGGCUAAAAAGACUUAAAACUUUACAAGUAUUAUCCUUUUAAGAUCAUUUUAAUUUUAGUUGAGUGCAGAGGGCUUUUAUAACAAACAUGGAGAAAUUUUGGAGGGCUGUAAUUUUUCCAGUAUUAAACAUGC